CCUCAGAUAAAUAUUCAUUGAUUAUCCAGCCCAGCAUAUUGUUUUUUUUUUUCAACAAAAAAUAUUGUGAAGUGUGUUUACUCGAUUUUAAACAAUUUGGCAAUUUGUGACUAAUUCAAGGUCUCAAUUAUAGAGAGUGAUGUCUAAUAAGUUUAAAACUAAUGAAGUAAUAUGAAAUUCCUUUUUUAAGUGCUAUUAGUAUGAUUCUUUUGCCAUACAAAAUAUGACCGUAAGAUAUUGCUGGUUCGACUUAACAUACAAACAGUGAAACUUAAAAUUGGGGUAAUCCAAUGAAGUUAACGAGCAAAUCGAUAGGAAGGAUAAGCUUUGCAAUAAAAUAACGUUGUAGAGCAUCGUCUAUAUUUUUGAUCGUUAUAUGUAAGGUAACUAUAUAAAUAUCGCCAUAAAUCAAAUUAGGUUCAGCACAUACAAAAUGUUUGAAUGAAAAUACUAGCUUCACUUGUAUUACGGUUACGUGUCUAAAACGGCGGCCACAAUACUGUACAAUGUGAAUGAAAUGAUGCGGUAUUCAGAAAUUACCGGAGAUGUAUCUUCUAACACUAUGCGCUUCCAGGAGUUUUCGCAUGAGAAUUUGUAUUUUGAGAACCUUCGAGAUGAGUCUCCUCAAAGCGAUGUAUCAACGCAGAGUGGAUCAGCAUUUCCUCUUAUUGGAACGCUGGAAAAAGAGGGUGCUGUUACCACCCAACAUACGAAAUACCAGUACCACAAGAAACAUUCUGUAGACUCAAUAAAUCCGAUCGAGUCAAUUAUCGAUCGCAGCAGAGCUACAACAUACAAGCGAUGUUCGACACCUAAUAAAUCGCAGAGUCUACCGCCAAAUUCUAGCAUUGCUAAUAUUGAUUCAAUCAUUAUAAGUUGUUUAGGAGUCGCACCUGAAGAACUGGCGAAUCAAUUAACACUACUUGACUUUCCUGUCUUCACUGCGAUUCAGCCGGAUGAGCUUACGAGUUGUGCAUGGAACAAGAAAAACAAAGCAGAAUUGUCACCAAACGUGGUGGCCUUUACAAAACGUUUUAAUCACACAAUAUUCUGGACUGUACAGGAAGUAUUGAAUGGAAUAUCUGCCAAAGAACGAGCAGAAAUAAUUACACAUUUUAUUAAGGUUGCCAAAUAUCUUCACGAGCUAAACAAUCUUCAUUCCCUAUUUGCAAUUACAUCCGCCUUAAAAAGUGCCAGUGUCUAUAGACUGGAUAAAAGUUGGUCACACGUUUCUAGAAGAGAUAAGCAGCUUUUCGAAAAACUUGCAGAAAUUUUUCACGAUGCUAAUAACUGGGCAUUAUUGAGGGUUUAUCUUGAAAGUUUAAAGCUUCCAUGUAUUCCUUAUUUAGGCUUGUUUUUGACUGAUUUAGUAUAUAUAGACUUAGCUCAUCCUCAUAAAAGUGGUUUGGAACCAGAGCAACGACGAGCUAAAAUGAAUAACAUUUUACGAGUGAUAUCAAAUUACCAAGGAUCAGAUUAUUCUAACAUUCAACCAAUAGCUAAUAUACUCAACUAUUUGAAUUCCGUCCGGUAUAUCGAGGAGCUACAGAACAUCUUUGAGGACGACCAAUACAAAAAGUCGCUUUAUCUGGAACCAUUGAAUUCCCUAUCAACACUACCAAUGGAAGUUAGUAAUAAAAAAAAUGGUUGUGCUAAACCAACGUCGCCUGUUAAUACUGACAUCGGACAAAUUACCCCUUCUUCAUUAGCGUUUUUGAACUUAUCGCCGGCAAAAUCCAGUUCAAUGCGUUUCUCUAAUUCGUCUACGAACACUGCUUCUAAUAGAUUCAUUGGACACAGAAAAUGUCGUAGUUUAGGAACAAAUAUUUUUAACAAAAUAUCGUGUACAAACGUUCAAAAUGCUGAAAAUUCGACACAACCAUCUGAAUCGUUUGUCAAAUCUCGACACUUGCUAGAUGAUUCCGUGAUAGAGAAUAAAGUAUCUACAGAUGCCACUUCAACGGGAAGUUCUGAAGGUGUAAUAGGGUUCGAAAAUGAUGGAGAACUUCUUGGAUUCCAAGGUUGCCUUCGGCGAAAAACUCUCAUGAAACACAGACGCAAAUCUACCGUAUCUUCAUGGAAGCGUUAUUGGGUACAAAUUUGGGCCAAUUCAUUGGUUUAUUUUUCCCCUAAAACAUUCAAAGGGACUGAAAGAAGUGACUACAAACGAGAGCCAGCCAAAAUAUGUAACCUAGAGGGUUGGCACGUUGAAAUGAAAGAUACUGCACAAUGUGACGCAUUCCACUUGGUAAAUCAACAGUUUGGUCACAUCUACAAGUUUCGCACUGGUUCAACGGCCUUAAAUGCGCUUUGGGUGAAAGCUUUAAACGCUGUGAUAUCACAGUUCACCAUAAAAAUCGUCGACAAACCGCCUGUAAAUUUGAUGUCCUUUGAAUAAUAAUGCGCUAUGUAUAAACAAUUUCAAAUUUGGCACUUCAUAACUCGAGAUCUAAUUACGGUUAAACGUGAGCUCUCUAAAACUGUAAAAUUAUAGUAUCGUAAUUUCAAAA